UCUCCCACCGACAGGCCGCUGGGUUCGGAAGGCUGCUGGGUCCUUUCUCUUCCCCAAGUGCAGGCAGAGCCCCCUGGAGCCAUGGCCAGCCCUUCUGGCAGCCCCGAAGACUCGGGCAAGCUCAGAGGCAGGGAUGGCUGGCAGAGGCGGGAGGAGGAGGAUGCCCCUCCGGAGGAGAAGAGAUUGAAGCUGGGGCUGGAGGGAGGAAGCGCAGCGCAGGAGGAAGGAGAAGACGCGCCACGUCUGGGCAGGGAAGAGACCGGCACCCAGACAGGUGGCGAAGGCAGAGGUGAUCUACUGUCCCUGCCAUACAGCCUGGUCGAGGGUCAGGACUACAAAUGUGAGAACUCAGCCCUCCUCACCAGUGCCAGGAACAGUCCACAAGACUCAGUUUCGACAAGCCUGGCUGCCAGCAAAGCUGAGGAAACUGCUCAAAGAACUCAUGCCAGUGGGACUUACAGCUUCCUUGAUCGGGCUCAGCAUUCAGAUAUCAAAGCAGACUGCAAUACCUGUGUGGAAAUAGAGGACAGAAAGGCUUCAAGACAACAGAUGAAUUGUGAAAGAGAGCAACUAAGGGGUAAUCAGGAAGCAGCAGCUGCCCCGGACACCAUGGCUCAGCCUUACGCUUCGGCCCAGUUUGCUCCCCCCCAGAACGGCAUCCCCGCGGAAUACACGGCCCCUCAUCCCCACCCCGCACCAGAGUACACGGGCCAGACCACCGUGCCGGAGCACACGUUAAACCUGUAUCCUCCCGCCCAGACGCACUCCGAGCAGAGCGCAGCGGACACGAGCGCGCAGACCGUGUCCGGCACUGCCACACAGACAGAUGACGCAGCACCGACGGAUGGCCAGCCCCAGACACAACCUUCUGAAAACUCAGAAAACAAGUCCCAGCCCAAACGGCUGCAUGUCUCCAACAUCCCCUUCCGGUUCCGAGAUCCGGACCUCCGACAAAUGUUUGGCCAAUUUGGUAAAAUCUUAGAUGUUGAAAUUAUUUUUAAUGAGCGAGGCUCAAAGGGAUUUGGUUUCGUAACUUUCGAAAAUAGUGCCGAUGCGGACAGGGCGAGGGAGAAAUUACACGGCACCGUGGUAGAGGGCCGUAAAAUCGAGGUAAAUAAUGCCACAGCACGUGUAAUGACAAAUAAAAAGACUGUCAACCCUUAUACAAAUGGCUGGAAAUUGAAUCCAGUUGUGGGUGCGGUCUACAGCCCCGAAUUCUAUGCAGGUACGGUGCUGUUGUGCCAGGCAAACCAGGAGGGAUCUUCCAUGUACAGUGCCCCCAGUUCACUUGUAUAUACUUCCGCAAUGCCCGGCUUCCCGUAUCCAGCCGCCACUGCCGCGGCCGCCUACCGAGGGGCGCACCUGCGAGGCCGCGGCCGCACCGUGUACAACACCUUCCGGGCCGCGGCGCCCCCGCCCCCGAUCCCGGCCUACGGCGGGGUGGUUACGCUGCAUACCGCUACGCCCAGCCUACCCCUGCCACUGCCGCUGCCUACAGUGACAGAAAUCAGUUCGUCUUCGUUGCAGCAGAUGAAAUUUCUUGUAACACCUCUGCAGUUACGGACGAGUUUAUGCUGCCGACCCCUACCACCACACACUUGCUCCAGCCCCCACCUACAGCGUUGGUGCCAUGAAUGCUUUUGCACCCCUGACUGAUGCCAAGACUAGGAGCCAUGCUGAUGAUGUGGGUCUCGUUCUUUCUUCAUUGCAGGCUAGUAUAUACCGAGGGGGAUACAACCGCUUUGCUCCAUACUAAAUGACAAAACCAUUAAAACCUUCCAGUGUGGGGAGAAAGGAAGCUUUCCGAGGCCUGGGUGUUGCAAUACAUGCAGUAACGCAUCAUUUUAGCAGCCCUAAAGAUUUAAAAAAAAAAAAAAGAGGGAAAAAAUUACAUUUUUUAUCUUAUACCUCAGAUAUUUUGUUCUGUGUAUUUUAAUAUUGUGGGUCUUUAAUUUCUGAAGGUUCCGUAGUUGGUUGCUGGCUGUAGGAGUUUUUCUGUGGUUGAAAUAGAGAGAUGCUAGCUAUGAAUUAAAACUGGAUUAGGGCCAUAUCCAGAGUGCUAUAUCAUGUAAAUGAAUUAUAUAUGCUGAAUAUCAAGCUACUGGGGUUAUCAGCUGUUUGGGAAGAGUGUGACUACAGUAGUCUUUUUUUUUUUUUUUUUUUUUUUUUACUGCAUCUGCAUUAUUUUAUUUUAUGAACGGGGAAGGGUGGGAGGGUCUUAGGGGAUCAGGACUGGGAUUUGGGCUAAAAGGAAAAAAAUAUAUAGUAACUGAUCAAUCUAAAUGACCCACUGCACCAACAAUCAUAUAUCAGCGGUUCUAAGUUGCUCAUUGAGUUCAAGCCAAAGGUUCUGUUAUUAAGGGGGUGCUUCUAAAAGCACUUUUUGCAUCCAAGUUGAAUGAAGCUGUACAAACCCAUCCUUUAAACCAUUCCACCCGGCAGUAUUCAGCUUCUUAACCAGCCGCUAGUUAUUUAGGCAAAAACUGCUAGUUAGGCCAUCAACAAGCAUUCUUUUUAUAUUUCUUCCAGUAUAAUAAAUUAUUGAUAUCAUUGCUGACUUUUAUAUUAUGGGAGGGAAAAAAUAACAUUAAUAAAAAGGUGAUAAAAAGCACUGUUUCUAUUUUUUUCUUUUUUUCCAAAAAAAAGAAAGUAAUAAAAACUUAAAUCCUUUGUACCAGUUAAAAAAAAAUGUAUAAAAUUUACAUCUGUGCAGUGGAGUUGUUAAGUUCUAGAAACAGUCUAUGAAGCUUUAGUUUUAGCCUAGUAAACAACUGUUAGAGACAGAUGUAUAAUUUUUAUGGAAUUACAUGAUAAUCAUAUUCGGAUUUAUAGAAGCAUUUUACAAGUAUUGCAAUCAUUGAGUAGAGAUAAUCAUGGUAUUUUCAUCAGCUUGGUACUUUUUGAAACAUGACCGUGUUGUGUGAGCAACCUGCAAUUUUUCAGUCCGUGAGAUCCUGCCCUCCUACUCUUCCUGGUCCCCAACGAUUAUCUCAAACCAGGAUCUUUAGUUCCGUCUCCAAGGCCCAGGACACUUGUCAGAAGGAAGCAAAAAACAAAACAAAACAAAACAAAA